CCAAACGGGACAGGAGCAUAAAAGUAAGUGAUCGCAGAUUGUCGACAUUCGCGCGCUCUGUACCGUUCCCUCACAGCUCUCAACCUCGUGCUGGAAGGCCUCCUGGUGACAACAUGUUGGUGGACGAAUCACCGCUUCUUGAUCUCAAAAUCAAGAGGCCACGGCAGAUAGCCCAAUCGGCCGCCUGGAGCAGAACCGGGCAUAACACGCUCAGGUCGCAGAUGAACAUGAGCGCAGAAGACUUCGACACAUUCGUUAAUAUUAUCAAUGAAUCUGUUGACAAUCAUCUCGAUGUCUCGCUCCCGUGGACUCAGCAGUCCGCUGACGCAAAGUCCGCGCACAUCAGUGAGGUGGCUCAACGCUGCACUCUGAUGGACAAAUAUGAUGGCUAUUGGCCGGUCGAGGCAUACACCACGAAGUUUGCCAAGUUGGCGAGUAGGCAGUCCAGCAAGCCAGCAAGCACACAAGACAAGGUUUGCCCUAUGAGCCUCUCGUAGCUGAAUGCUUGUUGAUAACUGUUUUAGUCUGGGUCUUCCCAGAUCAUUCGCGUCGUCGGCAAGGGACACCGCAGUGAACCCAUCCGCAAGGAGCCC